GGCGAGCGCUGAGGUGGUCCGCCCCACCUCGGCGCGUCUCUCUCAUACCAGGCAUGGUGCCGCAGCCGCCAGCGGUCACUGUGCUUCGAGGCCCGCGCAAGUCCCACUGGUGCUGCGGGCAAUGCGGGCGCGCGGAGAACUGGGCGUGCCGCAUCCUGUGCCUCUGCGGCCGCGACGCGCCCGCUGCCAUCGUUUCGCGUGCUCGCCAGAAGCACAAGGAGGUUGAUGCUGGCGGAGGCGGCGGCAAGAAGGCGGGCUUCAAGCAAGGCAAUCGAGAAGCGCUUGGCGCCGCCCACAAGGAGUGGCCCAAGCCUGGCGGCACAGCGCCGUGGCGCGAGGCCGCAGACGGCGCUGACCCUGAUAAGAAGUCACAGAGUACCAAGCUCGGCGAGCGGAUCACGGAGCUCGAGGAGUGCAUCAAGAAGCUUCCACCCGCCGACGAGCGCAACAAGGAUCUUCGGGGUCCGAUCGAGAAGCAGUUGGAGACGCUGCGUGCGGACAAGCGUGCGCUACUGUCUCCCCAGGCCCUCCAUCGGCGCACGCAGCAGGAUUUGCAGCGGGCGCGGAACGGCCUGGAGAAGUUGGAGAAAGUGUUGGGUGAGAAGGAUCGCCAGCUUGAGGAGCUGGCCAAGGGCACCGCGACGCGCAAGGAGACUAUCGCAGCCAAGAAGUUGGAGGUGGCGGCGCUGGACGCGGCUUUCAGCGAGUCGGCCAAGAACGUCACCACCGUUGCGGCCGACAUCGGCCUUGUUGAGGACGACGUGGCCGACCAGCCCGACCUCGUCGCGCUCCUCAAGUCUGAGGCAUGGGUCAAGCUCAAGUCGGCGUUCGCCAGCAAGGUGCAGAAGCGGGCCCUCUAUCAUGCUCGGAGCGAAGGCAGCGUCGAUGACUUCAUGUCCGCCUUCGACACUAUGUGGUCCGAGCUGGCGGCCAAGCCGACGGUCGGCGCUGAGUUCAGCAUCGAGACCUACAACGCCAGCGGCGGCAAGGCGUCCGUCAAGAAGCGCAUCGCCAGCACGAUGGCGAGCGUGGUGCUGCUGCGGGAGUUCGGGCACAUCAGCGAGCACGUCGGGCAUGUUCUCAUCGAGAUACCCGAGCUGCCUGUCGGCCUGCAUGCCUUCAACGUGUGCCUGCACACUGGUGAGGGCGCCGCUGGCCGCAACGGCAGGCUGUUGCAAGAGUUGGGCCUCGCUGCUGAGGCACUGGACGGUCCAGUCGUCAUUGGUGGUGAUUGGAACUUGUGCCAAGGCGAGUUGGAGGCGAGCCAGUUCCCCGCUCACGUUGGUUGUUUGAUUGUGAGCUCGUCUUCUGUCACGUUUCGAGGAGGUACAGGUCAGUCUGUUAUCGAUUUGUUCCUCCUCAACUCAGCGGCCAUGAGGAUGUAUGCCAGUGUGGGCAUUAAUGUCCAGUGGGCCAAGCGAGGCCAUCGGCCUGUUCAUAUUGUCCUCAAAGGUGAUGCUGAGCACGUUAAGCGGCUGGUCUACACGGUGGCGCCAAAGAUGGACACCCAGAUCAUCAUCGGGCCGCAAGUGCAGCCGCCCACCUACACUGGCGCUCGGUGUGUUGCCGAAGCUGCUGUCCAGUCCUGUGGCGAUCCUGAGUCUCCCCUUGGAGUUGGAUGGGGCCUUCUCUCGGCGGCGUGGGGCCACUUCGCUGUCGCAGCCGGAGAGGCUAUCGCGAACGCUGUGGGUCAUCAGGAUCGCAAAGUUCUGUUUGAUUUCGCUCGGUACUUGCAACCCCGGUGGAUCGACAUCACCUAUGCGGUCAAAGACGCGUCCGACCUGCAGGCUGUGGCCGAGGGUUGGCAAUGGUUGCAGUCUUCCUUCCUCUGCAUCAUGCAGUGCAAGACGGUGGCCAACCCGUCCGUGCAGGACCUGUCGUUGGCUGCUGAGGAGAUCCUCCACUUCGCGACGGCCAACUACCAUGGGCAGGGUCUUGCCACGCGCCUCGAUCGAUCUGUUCAGCAGGCGCGCGGCGUGGUGCAGGCUGGCUUCGGGGAGGAGGCAUGCCGCGAGUUCCUAGGGGACAUUGAGCCUGACGUCAAGCUCGCGGUCAAUGGAGCUACCCAGGAGGACCGCCAGAAGUGGAAGGAGUG